AUGAUCUCUGUCUUUCAUUUUUUGAAACAUUUUGCCGAGUUGAGUGUAAAGCCAUUAGUUAGAGAAAUGGAUGAGAAUGCUAAACUGGACAAGAAUCUUCUGGAAGAAGCAUUUCGAUUGAAAUUGAUGGGGUUGGAAGUGGAUGAAGAGUACGGUGGAUCCAGAGGAUCUUUCUUUGAUGUCGCAUUGACAGUUGAAGAAAUAUCAAAAGUUGAUCCGGCUGUUGCACUGACUAUUCAUCUUCAAAAUGCGCUUAUUGCUCCAAUGCUUUCCAAUUAUGGGAGUGAAGAACAGAAGGAACACUAUUUGAAGAGAGUUUGUACUGAUUCGAUAGAAUCAUUUGCUCUCUCGGAAACUAUAUCCGGUUCAGACGCAUUCGCAAUGAAGACGACAGCUACGAAAGAUGGAGAUGAUUUCGUGAUCAAUGGGUCGAAAUUGGGGAUCAGCAAUGCUCCGAUCGCUGAUUUCUUUCUAGUACUGGCUAAUGCUGAACCAGAAAAAGGACAUCGAGGAAUCACAUGUUUCUUAGUUGACAGAAAUCAAACAGGAGUUGUUGUAGGAAAGAAGGAUCAAAAUCUUGGCAUGCGUGCUAGAACUACAAGAUACAAGUACGCUAUUGACAUUCUGAAUGCCAGUAGAAUACUCAUUGGAGCGCAAAUGGUUGGAUUGGCGCAGGGGUGCUUCGAUCAAUCAAUUCCAUAUCUGAGAGAAAGGAAACAAUUUGGGAAAAGACUUAUUGAUUUUCAGAUUGCUUCUAAAACUUCAAAACAAUGCAUCAAAUGGCUUGGAGGUAUUGGUUUUACGAAGGAUUUUCCAGCAGAAAAGUUUUAUCGAGACUCAGCAGUUGGUGGAAUUUAUGAGGGAACAUCGAACAUUCAAUUGAAUACCAUUGCUAAAUUCAUUGAUAACGAGUACAAAAACUGA